AUGUCAACUCCUCCCGAUAAGUCGCAAUCGCAGUCGCAACCAGCCGCUAUCAUGAGCGACGAGCCUGGACAGGGCGUCAAACCUCUCGGCACCCCCGACAUCACCAGCAUGCAGCGUAUUCGACAAGUCUUCGCACAGCCCGUCCUCGCUUCCUUUGUUGCUGGUGGUGUAGCGGGUGCAGUCUCCCGAACCGUCGUCUCACCUCUGGAGCGCCUCAAGAUUCUCUUCCAGAUCCAAAGCGUUGGACGUGAAGAAUACAAAAUGUCCGUCCCCAAGGCGCUGGCAAAGAUGUGGAGGGAGGAAGGUUGGAGGGGCUUCAUGGCUGGUAACGGCACCAAUUGCAUUCGCAUUGUCCCAUACUCUGCCGUCCAAUUCAGUGCCUACAACGUCUACAAGCGGUUCUUCGAGGCUGAGCCCGGUGGUCCUCUCGACGCAUACCAGCGACUUCUUUGCGGAGGUCUCGCCGGCAUUACAUCUGUCACAUUCACAUACCCCCUGGAUAUCGUCCGCACGCGCCUGUCAAUUCAAUCGGCAUCAUUCGCUAGCCUCAAGAAGGAGGCUGGCCAAAAGCUCCCCGGCAUGUGGGCACUUCUCGUCACCAUGUACAAGACCGAGGGUGGCAUCCCCGCCUUGUACCGCGGCAUUCUCCCCACCGUCGCCGGCGUGGCGCCUUACGUCGGCCUCAACUUCAUGGUCUACGAAAUUGCCCGCACAAAAUUCACUCGAGAAGGCCACAAAGACCCCGGGGCCAUCGGCAAGCUAGCCGCAGGUGCAGUCUCGGGCGCUGUAGCCCAAACAAUCACCUACCCCUUCGACGUCCUCCGUCGCCGCUUCCAAAUCAAUACCAUGAGCGGCAUGGGCUACCAGUAUGCGGGAAUCGGUGAUGCAAUCAAGCAGAUUGUCAAGACUGAAGGGUUCCGCGGCCUCUACAAGGGUAUUGUCCCUAACCUCCUCAAGGUGGCACCGAGCAUGGCAAGCAGUUGGCUCAGCUUUGAGAUGACGAGGGACUUGCUCAUGGGCAAGUUGAAUUCGGGCUUUCUUUAA